AAAUUCAUUGCAAAUCACCUUCUUUUUUUUUUGUGUUUUUUAGCCGCAGCCGAAAAUCAGAACGGAGUGGGAAAACGAAUCACCGGAAGGCAGAUCUCAAAAGAAAAAGGUUGCCGUCGAAGAAGGACACUGGAGAAGAAGAUAGCUGUUCGCAACUCCUUGCAAAGCUAUGGCUGGAGAAAAGCGAUUGUUGGGGAGCUUCUCAUGCCAAUAACUAAGAAGUUGCGUAAAGGAUAGCUUGUUAAAUUUGUUUGCCAAUCUCUCUGCGGGACUUUCUUUACAGGCACCACCCCUCGAUAACCAUCGUUUUCUCUUCCCUACUCCGCUGCCUGUUCCCGAAGCUUUACCACUUCAUUUCAAUCGAACGUGGGAAACCCUAACCCUGACUAUUUAUUCUCUUUUCCUUGAGGAGUACUUGAAUUUGAUUCUGUUCUUUUGGAACACGCUAUUUUUAAUCCCUAUUCGCUUCAUCUUCCCCAUAUUCGCAACCUCGUAGGCGUUGUUUUCGGCAGCUCCAUCCGAAGUGAUAGUAUGAGCAGUCAAAAGAAAAGAAACUUCAAGAUUGAGGCUUUCAAGCACAGGGUGGAGGUUGAUCCUAAAUAUGCUGAGAAGACAUGGAAAAUUCUCGAACACGCGAUUCACGAGAUUUACAAUCACAACGCCAGCGGGCUCAGCUUCGAGGAGCUCUACAGGAAUGCUUACAAUAUGGUGCUGCACAAGUAUGGCGAAAAACUGUACGCAGGCCUUGUGACUACAAUGACAUGGCACCUAAAGGAAAUGUCAAAAUCUAUUGAGGCUGCUCAGGGCGGUCUCUUUCUUGAAGAGCUUAACAGAAAAUGGGCCGAUCACAACAAGGCGUUGCAGAUGAUCCGAGACAUUUUGAUGUACAUGGAUAGGACCUUUGUUCCUAGCUCUCAUAAAACACCUGUUCAUGAGCUCGGAUUGAAUCUAUGGAGAGAGAAUAUCAUUCGUUCCAGCAAGAUCCAAAGUAGGUUGGUCAGCACACUUCUUGAACUCAUUCAGAAAGAGCGAACUGGCGAGGUAAUAAACCGUGGGUUGAUGAGAAAUAUAACAAAAAUGUUAAUGGAUCUUGGUUCUUCUGUUUAUCAAGAAGAUUUCGAGAAGCCUUUUCUAGAAGUUUCUGCUAGUUUUUACAGCGGCGAAUCUCAACAGUUCAUUGAAUGUUGUGAUUGUGGUGAAUAUCUGAACAAAGCUGAGCGACGGCUUAAUGAAGAGAUGGAGAGAGUUUCUCAAUAUCUCGAUGCAAAAACUGAAACAAAAAUAACUCAUGUGGUUGAGACUGAGAUGAUUGCAAAUCACAUGCAGAGAUUAGUCCACAUGGACAACUCUGGUCUUGUAAACAUGCUUGUGGAUGACAAGUAUGACGAUCUUAGUAGAAUGUACAACUUGUUCCGUCGAGUCCCCGAAGGUCUCUCAACAAUUAGAGAAGUGAUGACCUUGCAUCUCCGAGAAACUGGAAAGCAAUUAGUCACUGAUCCAGAUAAACUGAGGGAUCCUGUCGACUUUGUUCAGCGGCUUCUCAAUGAGAAAGACAAGCAUGACAAGAUCAUAAGUGAUGCAUUUAACAAUGACAAAACUUUCCAAAAUGCUCUCAACUCCUCCUUUGAGUAUUUCAUCAAUUUGAAUAACAGAUCUCCUGAGUUCAUUUCACUGUAUGUUGAUGACAAGCUCCGGAAAGGCCUGAAAGGGGUCAGCGAAGAGGAUGUGGAGAUUGUCCUCGAUAAAGUCAUGAUGCUAUUCCGUUAUCUUCAAGAGAAAGAUGUCUUUGAAAAAUAUUACAAGCAACACUUGGCCAAGCGGCUCCUUUCUGGGAAAACUGUUUCUGAUGAUGCUGAGAGAAGUCUGAUUGUUAAGCUUAAAACAGAGUGUGGUUAUCAGUUUACUUCCAAAUUAGAAGGAAUGUUUACAGAUAUGAAGACCUCCCAGGACACAAUGCAGGGUUUUUAUGCAACUCAGUCAGCUUCUGAUUCUCAAGAUGGGCCAAGCCUAGCCGUCCAAGUUCUCACAACCGGAUCUUGGCCAACCCAACCUAUCGCUCCGUGCAACCUUCCACCUGAGAUUCUGGGUGUUUGCGAGAGGUUCCGAACUUUUUAUUUGGGCACUCACACAGGAAGGAGGUUAACAUGGCAAACUAACAUGGGCACUGCUGAUCUGAAAGCAACCUUUGGCAAGAAUCAGAAGCAUGAGCUUAACGUCUCUACCUAUCAGAUGUGCAUUUUGAUGUUAUUCAAUUGUUCAGAUCGAUUGACUUAUAAAGAAAUCGAGCAGGCCACUGAGAUCCCAGCUUCUGAUCUGAAACGCUGUCUUCAAUCUUUAGCGUGUGUGAAGGGUAAGAAUGUACUCAGUAAGGAUCCCAUGAGCAAAGACAUUGCUGAGGAUGAUACUUUCAUGGUGAAUGAUAAGUUUUCCAGCAAGUUCUUCAAGGUGAAGAUUGGCACGGUGGUGGCACAGAAGGAGUCGGAGCCCGAGAAACAGGAGACUCGCCAGAGGGUGGAGGAGGACAGGAAGCCGCAGAUCGAGGCCGCCAUUGUGAGGAUAAUGAAGUCCAGACGAGUUCUGGAUCACAACAAUAUUGUGGCGGAGGUGACAAAGCAGCUGCAGUCGAGGUUCCUUCCCAAUCCCGUCGUGAUCAAGAAACGGAUCGAAUCACUCAUCGAGAGGGAGUUUUUGGAGAGGGAUAAGACAGACCGGAAGUUGUACCGAUAUCUUGCCUAAGUUCUCCAUUUUACGGGAACAUGGUUUCACAGAGGUGGAGCUAAUUUGUUUGUGCAUUGGUUUCUCGUGUAUUAUCUAAAGCAUAUUUUCCUAGCGCUUGCUCUCUGGAGCUUCUCUGUCCUUUGCUUUUUUUGACUUAUUUGCUUAAGAUGGAAAAAGAAAGAACUGCCAAUUCUCUUUCAA